AUCUCCCGGCGCGCCUCUCCGCGGGGCCGGCGCCUCCCGGUGAGUUGUGGGGCGGUAUAGGAAGUUGCUGUAUCUGUCGGAGGAAACAUUUGUCAAUACUGUGUACCACUUGAACAACAAGCUCUACAGAGACUCCAAGCACAGAUUUUGCUUCCUCACUGGAAGAGCCUGUAUGAAGAUCUGCGUGGAGGGUGCUGUAAGAAACAGAAGGUGGAUGCAGCACAGAUGCCAGCCCUCUCCAAGGAGUAACUUCUUCAUCCCCAAGUAUCACCAGCUCCUCCUGGUACCAUGGGGCCAGAGGGUGGUUUCUUAGGCAGCGGACAGGUCCACAUCAUCCUGUGGGGAAGUUUGGCAGCUGUGACAACACUCUUGUUCCUCACCUUCCUCAUCCUCCUCUGCUCCAGCUGCAACAGGGAGAAGAAGGCCAAAUAUCAGAAUGGGGAUCAUGAAAAUCUGAUGAAUGUGCCUUCUGACAAGGAGGUGUUCAGCCACUCCAUCACAAGUUCAGCUACAGAGCCCCCUCCAAGCACCGAGCAGAACGGGGCCCUCAGCAACGGCGAGGUACUCUCAGAGGACAGUACGACUGCCUGUAUCCAGCCUUAUGAAGAAGUACAGACGUCUGUCUCUGAUCUGCUAGAUCAACAGGAUAGUCUCGGAAAGUCUAUAAAAUGUCACCAGAGCCGGGAACUACCCAGUAUUCCCCCUAACACCACCAUGGAAACCAUCAUCACAGCUAGAAAUGCAGAAAAUGAUCAAGGUCUUGGAAUGGAAGGGCCUUACGAAGUCUUGAAAGACAGUUCCUCGCAGGAGAACAUAGUUGAAGACUGCUUGUAUGAAACUGUGAAGGAGAUUAAAGAUGUUGGAGCGGUGGCCAGCACAGAAGGGAACUGUAACAGCAAAGCAAAGGCUUCACUGGCAGUUUCUGAAGGUCAGAAUCAGAUUCCUGAAUGCAGAAUUGAAUCAGCAGAAUAUGCAUCUGUUGACCGAAACAAAAAAAGUCGCCAAAGUGCUAAUUCAGAAAGCCCUCUUGACAACACACCAGAUGUAGAGGAUGAGCUUCCCCCUCCAGUACCCAUGAAACUUCUUGAUGAAAAUGAGAAUGUACAAGAAAAAGAAGUACAGGAGGAAGUGACGGAAGGAGCAAGUAAACCAGAGAAGCGGCUUAGCUCAAUGUCUUACAAGUCUCGAGAGGAAGAUCCAUCCCUUACAGAAGAUGAGAUCUCAGCCAUGUACUCAUCAGUGAGUAAGCCGGGACAGGCCAUCAAGGCACUGGAUUCUCCUUACACCUGCAUUCAAGAAAUUACAUCCCAGAGGUCCCCAUCUAUUUGCAGUGGCCUCUAUGCAACUGUGAAGGACUUUGAAAACCCCCUAAAUAAUACCACUGUGCCUCAAUCAGCAGACAGACCAAACGGGGAGCUGGAGCCUGACUAUGAAGCUAUCCAGUCAGUGAUCCAAGAAGAAGACAGGACCUUGUCUGUGCCUCACACAAACCACACUGCUCUUUCUGGAGAGAAUGACUAUGAGAGCAUAGGGGACUUGCAGCACCACAGGGAUUUCACCAGACUUUAACUACUCUGACAGGCAGAUUUCUCCACUCGUGUUUUCAAAGGAACAUGCGAAACGUGGGAAGAGAAGUUAUUCUCAUUUUGAGGAACAAAGCUGAGUAGAGAACAAAAGUUGAGAAGCAGCAGCACACGUUUCAGCCAGGGUGUGACACCUGCAAGGUCAUUCUGGGUGGUGGUUGGAGGCUCACGGGAAAGGGUACACCAGGACCAUGUAAAGGUUUGUUUACUGUUAGCUCCAAGACAAACAGAAUUUGGGAAGGAGUGCCAUGCUUGGAGUGCCAAUAGGAUUCCAUACCAAAAAGACAGCCUAUAACAAUGCUAGCUUUUCGUUUUCAGAUACUAUUCUCUGUCAUUUGCUUCAAAAUGUUUUUCAAGCAUUACUCAAGUUUGGGCAUCCACAUUGUUGAGCAAAUCACGGAUCAUUGUACCUCAACUCAGACUUACUUUGCAGAGCUGGGGAGGGUGUGCUCACUUCUGUGUCUUUUUGGGGAGCUUUGUUCAUAUUCAUUGCAACUGAAGUGCAAGCAGCAGCACUUCACAAGGGACCUACUCCAAAUGUACUUGAAUUAAAUCUGUAGGAUUUUUCUUUUUUUAUGUCAAGGGCUGUAAAAUAUCACUUGCAAUAUUUGAGAUGUGUACAGAUAUUUGUAGGGGUUUGGUUUGGUUAUUUGUGAAAUACUGCUAUAAAAUGGCAAGUGUCACCCUUAGCUUUCUUGCUCGGUUCCCAUACAUACACACACACACCUACACGUACACCAGAGAGUUGUCAUGUUUCAAAAAGUUACACAAAUGAAUGUUUUGGCAUGUUUAGUCUAACCUUUAAAUAGUCUUCAGUGCAUUUUUUAAGAAUUUUGC